AUGAUGCAGCGGUGCAGCAGCAGCGGCGUCGGAGGAGGCCCGUGUUCCUGCGGAUCCUAUCACUGCCCGCAGAACACCGCCACCGGCUCCUCCUCCUCCUCCUUCUCCAUGCUCUUCUCCCCGCUCGAUCACUACCGAUCCUACGAUCAUCACGAUCCUUCACCACCAGCUGACAACUACUACUCCAACUCCAACUCCUACAACAACAACAACAGCAACUACUAUAACUCCUCUUCCUCGUCAGUCGACUGCACGCUCUCUCUCGGCACCCCUUCCACUCGAGCCGACGACCACCGCAGACCCUCCUCCCAACACCACCAAGACGGCCGCCGCUCCGCCGGCGGCUACGUCUCCAACUUCUGCUGGGAUAUUCUCCAAGGCACCAAAGCCGCCGUCACCAAGUCCCCCCGCCCGCCUACUAAUACUAACAACAGCAACAACAACGGCGACCCUUUGGUUUCCCGCCGCUGCGCCAACUGCGACACCACCUCCACCCCUCUCUGGCGGAACGGCCCCAGAGGCCCCAAGUCGCUGUGCAAUGCGUGUGGAAUUCGGUUCAAGAAAGAGGAGAGGAGGGCGACGGCGGCCACUGCUGUAAGUGCAGGCGGCAGCGGUGGACAAGCCGACCACUACGGCCAUCCGCAGCAGCAGCAGAGCUACUACGGAUACGGGUCCAAUACGACGACGUCGUCUUCAUCUGCCUCGUGGGCUCAUCAGUCGCAGAAAAUGGGGUGUUACUCGCCGGCGGGGGAGUUCAGGUUCAUUGAUCAGGACGGCGAGCGGGACUACCAGUAUCAGAACUCCGACGCCGCCGGCGUACCUAACUUCCUGUCUUGGAGAUUGAACGUCACUGACAGACCGGGCCUGGUCCACGACUUCACCCGGUGAUCGAUCAGAGCCCACAACCCAAAAAGAGAAAGGAAAAAAAAAAGAAAAAUAUAUAAAAGAUAAAAAAAGGGGAGAAAAGAGAGAGGCGAGUACUUACUACUACAACGUUAAUGGGAUGGGGACGCUGGAACCGAAGAUGUUUGAUUUUUGGUGAUGGUGACGCUUCUUUGGUUCUACUGGAUCUCCUCCUACUCGCUCGCUUUCUUUCCCCUUUUUUUUUUCUUGAUUUCUUCCCCCCACCACCACCAUCCUAACCUCGAAACUUAUAUAGUUAAUGAUUAUUUAAUUACAUUUUCCCACUUUCAUCUGCUUUUGCUUUUUUGUUAUUUUUUAUGGAUGCCUUUAGACAGCCGUUAAUGUAAUGUGUCCGGUUUUUUUUUUUUUUUUUGCUGUUUCGUGUAGCUACGUUAGAAUGCAGGGGGAAAAUGUGGGCUAACUCUGUUUUAUGUUUUAGUUGUUUUUCCUCCUUUUCUUUUCUCCCACUGAUCACUUUUGUUAAUCUUAAAUCAUUUUAUAUAUAAUUUAUUUUUGCUACGUAGUGAUAUAUUUCAU